GCUGUCGCCAUGGCUGCCAGGGAACUUGGACGUAAAUGUUGAGCGCGAAGAGUCCUUGAAGAUCAAGAGACUUUGAAACACCAGGAUAUUUUUUGCCGGUUCUCAGAGAGAAGCAAGGAUUGUUUGAAACCCGGUUAAUUUCUUCCUUGAAGUAUGUACCGGAAGGAGAAAAGUAUUCAGAUCAAGAGCAGUGCCUCUGCCCUCUACAGCAACUUGAGUGUACUGCCAAUCCCUGAGAAGUCUCUCACAUAUUUUACAGUUGUGCAUGGAAAUGUUCUGAACAUGGUUAGUGCUUCUGGGGAUGGCCUCAACUUCUCUCAUCGGCAGUUACAGUCCAAGGAGGGAAGCAUUACUGCCAGCUCUUCACUCAUUAUGCAGGCAUCAUGGUGUGUAUUACCUUCUCGAGUUCUGCUUGUACUUACCUCACAGAAGGGGAUCCAGAUGUACGAGUCUGAUGGUUCCAUCAUGGUCUACUGGCAUGCACUGGAUAUUCCCGAAACACCUUCAGCACAAGCCGUGUUUGCACGUGGAAUUGCAGCAGCCAGAGGUAACUUCAUUUGUGUCGGCACCUCCUCUGGUUCACUGCUAGUAUUUGACGUACCAAGCAAAGGGACAAAUAUUACUCUUUCUGAGGUGCUGGAGGAACACAGAGAGCCUAUCACAGACAUUGCUUCUGAGGUUUCCAGUAACAAGGAGUACAUUGCUGACCUGGUGAGUACAGAUGAUUCAGGCUUGCUUUGUGUCUGGAAAGCUGGAGAAGAUUUCAAACUUUUGAACAAGAUUCCUGCUUAUGGAUGCACCUGUUCAUCGGUGAUGCUUUGGACUGGAAUUGUUGUCGCUGGGUACAGCAGUGGACAAAUCAGACUUUAUGAUGCUUUGUCAGGGGUUAUGUAUGCAGAAGUUAAUGCCCAUGCUCGCUGGAUUUAUGCAUUGGACAUAGCAUCAGAUUCUGGAAAGUUGCUGUCUGGAGCAGAGGACUCUCUGGUGCGAAUCUGGAAGCUGAGCAAAUCUACAGAGACAAACACAGCUGAGAUUGAGCACCUUCACACGGAGUGUGUGACCGACAUCCAGAUCUGCGGGGCCAAGUUCUGCGAUGGUGAAGGAAGUGCUUUUGCCGUCACUGGUUAUGACUUGAGCGAAAUUAUCCGCUACACACAGAUCUAGACGAGCUAUGCGCAACAGACUUCAGAAGCCAGGGAAAGGAAGACCAUUUUCCUAGCGUGAGUGUGUGGAUGCAUGUGGCAGAGUCUGAAAGAGCAGAGGUGACAUUAGCUGUAGAGGUUUUCAUUUCCUGUUUGCAUCAUGUGAUCCAGGCCACAUUUUUGGGGUUACUCUUUGCAACACACACAUCCAGUAUGCAUCCUCUAUGUCACUCUCUCUCACAAUGCACCUACAAAUGCAUACAAUAUGUCGGCGAGUGAGGGGAAAAAAAGCAAGCCAGUUUAUUUAUCGCACUGUGAGGAGGAAGUCUGCUUGCUGAGCAGCAAUCUGUGUGUGUGUGAUAAAGGAGGAGGAAGAGAGUUUAAGCACUUUGAGCAGAAAAUCAUUUGACCAUGAAGCCUAGCACAGAGUGAAGUGAACAUUGUGUUUGUUUUUAUGAACCUUUGCAUGGUGUCUGUAGGAGAUGUUUUGUACGUUAGCCUGUCUGCAGUAGACAUUUCUUGUCACUGGCCAAGACCCACUCUGAUAAAUGAUGCAUAACUGGAACUGUGGUGGUUUCUUGAGUAACCUGGCUAGGAGUUACUGAAGUUUCCGUUCUGUUCCUCUUGUGGUCUGUCAUCUGAGGUCCCACCUUCUGCAACUCUGUUGAUUACAGACGGACACUCCGUACUGUGUUUUUAAUACCUGUAAGGUGUUGUGGAUUUAUAAUAAAACCAACAGAUUUUUUUGGUGUCUACUCUGAAUUAGUAUAUUUUAUGUGUUUCUUGUUCAUACAGAGCCUUGUAAAACUCAGGCUGACCAUGCCCUCGGCUCACAUGGCUUCUUUUUCCUCCUACUUUUUUUCUCCCACUUCUAUGUAGCGUCGCUACGCCUGAUCAACCUCCUUCCCUGUCAAACUCUCUUCUUUCAAAUCUUCUUUUGUCUAUCCACUGCCACUUUCACCUCUCUUGCUUUCUCUUCCCUGUACUUCCAUUCCUAUCAAUCUUUUGUUCAUACUGCAUAUUCAUUGUGUGUCCCCAUCACAUAUCCAUACCACUUUAACCGACUUUCCUAUACUUCCUUAGAUUGCAAAGCUCUCCCACUUUUGUUGCACUAUUGAUUAUCUCAUUUCUUCUUCUGUCCUUUUUGUAACUCCACACAUUCAUCUCAACAUUCUUAUUUCUGGCACAUCCAACUUCGUUUCCUUUGCUCUCUUUACUGCCCAUGCCGAAGCUCUAUACAUCAUUGUUUGUAUUACCCUUCUUCAAAAACUUACCUUUAAGCUUCACCUUAAUUAAUCAAACACACAAUUCAAUCCAUGCUGCACGCUAUUGGUUUUAUCUCCGUAUCUAAUUCUCCCUCUUGGGCUACCACUGAUAUUUAAGCUUAUUCACUUCUCAAUAGCUCUCCCUACAGACUAACUUCUGAAUCCUGAUCAUUUUUAAACCUCAUAUAUUCCUUUAUCUAACAAGACCUUCUCCAUUCUCCCAAUGUUCUCCCAACUUUCUUGUUUAUGGUGCUACACAACACAAUAUCAGCAGCAAAAGGCAUGCAUCAGGGAAUUGGUCUUUUAUUCCAUAAUUCAACACAUCCAUAAGCAGUUAAAGAGGUAUGGACAUAAAGAAGAUUCCUGGUGGAGACAGAAUCUGAGAUCUUGUCUGUUACCCACCGAUUUUAACCUGAGUCCUCAAUCUCUCAUUCAUAUCCCAUCUCUCAAUCCUCCCAUACUUCUCUGGUGCUCCUUUCUCUCUCAUGCACCUCCCGACCUCUUGACGUUGCACUCCGUCGUAAGCCUUUUCUAAAUAUGCAAACCAUCUCAUCAAUCAUCUGUCACAAUGCACAGCCGUGCCAGGUUUAUACCAGCUGGGUAAAGAGAUUUAGUUUCUUGAUUUAUUUCCUUUUUAUCUGUUUUUAGCUGUUCCUAUUUUAAUGUAUUGUGAUCUUGAAACAGCUUUUAAUCACAGAGGCCCAUCAGGGCUCUGAAUGCAACAAGUCAGCAGCUCCUUUAAAAAGUUUUUAAUAAUAAUAAAAGCAUCAACACAUGUAAUUUAUGAAUGUUUUAAUAAAGUCAAGUCCAACAUUAAAAUACUGAAA